UUUGAACACAAUUGAAUGCAAGGUGGAACUGAACAAUAAACAGAAAGGCGUAUAUUCACACGAUCUAACCAGUCCCUUCUGUCUGGCUGUGCUUCCGUAUUUACACACUCACCAAAAAAAAAAAAAAAAAAAAAACACACACAUACAUACACACGGGGCUCACCAGCGGCCGUCGGGUGAAUGUUUACCAAGCAAGCAUAGAGUGGUGGUGCGGAAAGUGACAGUCACACUGGAGCCUGGCUGUAUGGUGAAACACAGGUGAUUUCUGCUUCCACGGUUGCAUUUUAGAGCGGAAUGUUCACUCGAAGGGGGUAUGGGGACGUCAAGAAAUCUACACAGAAAGUUCUGGACCCAAAGAAGGAUGUUUUGACUCGACUGAAGCACCUGCGGGCGCUGAUAGAUAUCAUUGACAAGAGUGAGCUAAAGGCAUUCUUUGAAAGCAACUGCUCACAGAUUUAUUUUAUCUUCUAUGAAAAUUUCAUCACACUGGAAAGCAGCUUAAAACAGAAAGGGAACAAAUCUCAAAGGGAGGAGCUGGACUCUAUCCUCUUUAUUUUUGAAAAAAUUCUUCAACACCUGCCUGAGAAAAUCUACAACCGAUGGCAGUUUCACAGUAUAGGUUCUAUUCUGAAAAAACUUCUGCACGCUGGAAAUUCAUUCAAAAUCCGAUGUGAGGGAAUCCGUCUCUUCCUGCUGUGGCUCCAGGCUCUAAGGGACAACUGUGCCGAGGAGCAGUUCCUUAUCUUUGCCUGCCUGGUUCCAGGAUUCCCUGCUGUUCCCUCCUCUAGAGGACCCUGCACGCUUGACACCAUCAUCAACAACCCAUCUUCUAACUCCCUAGAAGCCAAGGUAGUGCCUGAGGAGAUCAUGCCGUUGGUUCCAGCUGUAUCUGGAGAGAAAGUUGCAGACGACCUGACCUGUUGCUUUCUUGAAACGCUGCUCAAGUACAUGGUCAUCCAGGCAUCCAGUUUAGAAUGGAAGAACAAAGAGAAUGAAGACACAGGGUUCAGGUUUCUCUUCAGCCUUUUCAAGAAGUACUACCUUCCACAUCUAUUCCCCUCCUUCACCAAACUCACAAAUCUUUACAAGCCUUUGUUAGAACUCCCCCCGCUCAGAGCGAAACCCUUGUAUGUGCCGGUGACGCGGAACAAUGAGAGCACCUUCUGCACAAGGGAUCAGUACUUGGCACCCAGAGUGGCCUUCAUCACCUGGCUGGUCACCUUCUUCCUGGAGAAGAAGUAUGUCAGCAGUGCUGCUGCGGCGCAGAGCGCCAAGAACGGCACUGAGGUCAUUCCCAAACUCAUCCAGACUGUCACUGCAGGCAGUAGCAGCCAGGAGAAAGAGAAGACCUCUGAUGGGGAUACUAACGGGCCACCAGGGGAUACGGAAAAGAGCCACUCCAACAGCAGCACGCUGUCUGAUCGACGGCCCAGUGAUUCCAGUUUGUGUAGCAUUGAGGAGGAGCACAAGCAUGUCUAUGACAUGGUGCAUUCCAUUCUGCUGUCCACAAGGGACAACAUUAAUUUUGUCAAUGAAGUCUUCCACCAGGCUUUCUUGUUGCCAUCCUGUGAAGCCUCGGCAACCAGGAAGGUGAUCAAAGUGUACAGAAAGUGGCUCCUGCUGGAGAAGCCCAUCUUCAUGACGGAGCCCGACCCAACUACACAUGAAGAUGAAGUGGAUGACCAUUCUGAGCGCAUUCUAAGCACAGAUGCAGACAUCAUGAAUGUAAAAACAUUGGAGAGUCACGGUCACAGGCGGUCGUCAAGCUGGGGGAGGACGUACUCGUUCAGCAGUGCCAUCAAUCGGGGUUUUCUCACUGAAGAGGAGAACAGAGAUGUCAAAGCUGGCAUGCAGCCCACACUACAGGUAUUCCUGACCAACUCAUCCAAUGUGUUCCUGUUGGAGCCAUGCCAGGAUGUGCCAAAACUCCUGGAAAAUCAGGUUGAGGUGUGCAAGAAUGUUCUCAGCAUCUACCGGCACAUGAUCAUGGAGCACUGCAUGACUACACAGACGUGGGAGCAGAUGCUGCAGGUGCUACUGAAGAUCACAGAGGCAGUAAUGAAGAGGCCACAAGAAAACCAAAGAAAAGACAGCUUUGCUGAAAGUUUAGCAUCCCUACUUUUUAGGACUAUUAUUGUGGCUUGGGUUCGAGCAAACCUCAGCGUAUUUAUCUCUCGGGAGCUGUGGGACGAGCUGCUGGCAGUGCUGUCCUCUCUUACCUGCUGGGAGGAGCUGGUGACAGAGUGGGCCAGCAUAAUGGACUCUCUGACGGCUGUGCUGGCACGCUCCGUUUAUGGCCUGGACAUGGCCAACUUGCCUUUAGAUAAACUCAGUGAACAGAAGGAGAAAAAGCAGCGAGGACGUGGAGUAAUCCAGGACUCCCAGAAGGCAGCUGCAGUCGCACGCUCAUUCUCACUGAGCUGGAGAAACCAUGGAGAGCAGGGUGGGCCAGGAGCCCAGGAACCAAUGAGGAUUCGCUCUGCCACUACCUCAGGAGCACCUGGCGUGGAGAAAGCCCGCAACACUGUCCGCCAGAAGGCCUCUGCUAAGCGAAGCCAGUCCAUCAGCAACUGUGUUCAUCUUUACGAGGCUUUGCCCACUACUAAAAGUGUUCCUAUGCUGCUCCACACUGUGAGCUCUUUCUUGCCUGGUAUCUCUUCUGGUAAUUCUGCUUGCUCUCAUAGACUCUCAGAUGUGGAGGAGUGUCAGCUCUCAGAAUGUGGAGGAGAAGAGGAGGUGGGAGGCAGGGAGAGUCCUCUGCAGCGGAGCAGCAGCACCUCAGACAUCACCCAGCAGCUGUCGGACACUUUACCAGCCCAGAAGAGAGACUACUCACCUACUUCUUGUGGUUCUGACAGCAGGAUUUCUGAGGGCAGGACUGAGAGCAAUGAGCCACCAGUGAUAUAUAUCCGACGGAGCAGCAGUCCGACUGAGACUGAGUGCAGCGCUGAUGGACACCCAACCUACACAAGAUCCAAACUCAGAGACAAAAGUGAAAGUGUGAGUAGUGAGACAUCCAACGGCUACCUCAACGAAGCUGAAGUUACCUGGCAUGCAUUUGAUGAGGAGGCCGACACACAGUCGGCUCACAUGGAUGUUCUAGCCGACCCCCAGAACCAAGGGAGUCUGCUGCUCAGCCACAGUGAUGCUCUAGCAGGUCCUGAGUGUGCCCUCCUUCCCCACUCCGCUCCUCCCUACCACCACAAUUACCACUACCCCCAGAACCCCCCCUCUUCACCAGCCCUGGUGGUGCACACAGAGUGCCCGCGGGACUGUCCCCUGGAUGACACCACGCAUCAGUCUGUCUUACACAUGCACCACUUGGACAGCAGCGAGUGUCUCGCCGAUGAUAUCAGUAUCAUCGCUGGGGGGACGCUGACUGGUUGGCAUCCCGAUUCUGCUUUUGUUCUGUGGAGAAGGAUUUUGGGCAUCUUGGGAGAUGUCAAUAACAUCCACUGCCCUAAGAUCCAUGCCAAGGUUUUCUCCUAUCUCUAUGAUCUCUGGCACAAGCUGGCCAAGAUCCGGGACAAUCUUGGUAUCAGCGUGGAUAACCAGUCCUCUCCUCCCCAGCCUGUGUUCAUCCCUCCUCUUCGAAUGCUAGCGUCGUGGCUCUUCAGGGCAACCAUGCUCCCAGCAGAGUACAAGGCUGGCAAACUGCAGGCAUACAAGCUAAUUUGUGAGAUGAUGACCAGACACCAGGAUGUGCUCCCCAACAGUGACUUCUUGGUGCACCUCUACCAUGUAAUGCAGAAGGGCUUCACCAGCGAUGACCAGGAUGUUUUGAAUAUCAUCGUCCGCUCCUGCUCGCCCCGCUUCUUCUUCCUCGGUCUCCCAGGCUUCACGAUGCUGCUUCGAGAUUUUAUCACCGCUGCUGCCCGUGUCCGCUCUUCUGACUCCAAAGAGGCUCCGAGGAUAGAGGCUCAGACGAUCUUGGGCUCCCUUGUGUGUUUCCCCAACCUGUACCUCCAUAUUCCUGUACUGCACUGUGUGCCUGGCUCUAAUAACAUCAGUAUAGGCAAUGAGGAUAUCAAGGAUUAUCUGGUUAACAUCCUUCUGGAGGCAGCCACAAAGGAAUAUUGUGAAGGAGCGAGGUGCAUUGCUGUAUGCAGCCUGGGCCUAUGGGUGUGUGAGGAACUCAUGCAAAAGAACAUUCACCACCGGGUUAAAGAUGCCAUCAAUGUGCUGGGAGUAACGCUAAAGUUUGGAAACAAAGUAGUGGCCCAAGUCGCCUGUGACGUGUUUCAGCUGCUGAUCUCUCACUGGGAACAUCUCCAGAGGCUGGACCCCACUCUCCCUAAGAAAAUAAUUGAGAUUUUUGUGGCUACAAUAGCCUUUUUGUUGCCUAGCGCAGAGCACUCGACAGUGGAAGCAGACAAAAAGCUAAUGGUUUCACUGCUGCUCUGCCUACUGGACUGGUGUAUGGCUGUUCCCCUGAGUCUGCUGUUAGAACCCAUCACCAAGUCUUCUUCGGAGCCCCACUCACCCAGCAAGGCGCCGCUCCUGGACUACAUCUACAGAGUGCUGCACUGCUGCGUGUCCGGCUCCAACCUGCACACCCAGCAGAGCCACUACCUUCUCAGUCUGUCGGACUUGUCCAGCGACUACGACCUGAUGUUGGGUCAGGUUAAGAGCUUUGAGCCACCACCUUCUCAAAUGACCCCAGCAGACUUUGGCAACCUGUUGACAGUAGCUGAGGAAAAGCGUCGUCGAAACAUAGAGCUCAUCCCUCUGUCGGCGCGGAUGGUCAUGACUCAUUUGGUGAACCAUCUUGGCCACCAUCCCUUGAGCGGCGGGCCUGCUCUCCUUCACAGCCUUGUGAGCGAAAACCAUGAUAACCCGUAUGUAGAGUCCUCAGAGCUGUCGUGUGAGGUCUUUAAAAGCCCCAACCUGCAGCUGUUUGUCUUCAACGACAGCACGUUGGUUUCCUACCUUCAGAUCCCAGCAGAGACGCCUACUGCAGGUCAGCCCCCACACCCCUCAUCCCAAGUUCGCGUCAUCGUCCGGGACAUCUCGGGAAAAUACUCUUGGGAUGGAACAAUCCUAUACUGCACCACACAGGAGGAUUCUGUUGAAGCUGGAGUAUUCCAUCCAGUUGACCCACCUCCUUCAAAAACCUGCAAUACACACAGCGGACACCAGCCAACCUUGCUAAAAGGACAAUACAAAACUCACUGCUCAGUCUCGGACUCCCUUUCUAACUUCUGUGAAGAGGAUGAGGUCGAUGUCCUGGACAAGCUUUUGGAAGAGCUUAGUCACAGCAGCCCAGAAUGCCUCCCUCAACCACGGCUCAGGCUCAAUCAGCCAGCGCCGUCGCCUCAUGGCAUGAACUUGGAACAGGAGAAUGCUAUACUGGAGGCCAUUCUCUGUCAGACUCAGCAGGAGGAGGAGCAGGUUAGGAAGUGGGAUGCUGAUGUAAGCUUUCGGGCUGCCUGCCAGAGAGUACCCUCCCACCAAGAACCAAAAGCUCCUUUCUACUUCUGCAGACUGCUUCUCAAUGAUCUGGGCAUGAACUCGUGGGAUCGCAGGAAAAGCUUCCACUUGCUGAAGAAAAACUCAAAACUUUUAAGAGAACUGAAGAACUUGGACUCUAGGCAGUGCCGAGAGACGCACAAAAUUGCUGUGUUCUACAUCGGGGAAGGCCAAGAAGACAAGUGCUCCAUCCUGUCGAACAGCGCAGGCAGCCAGGCAUAUGAAGAUUUUGUAUCUGGACUGGGAUGGGAGGUGGACCUGGCCACACAUUGCGGCUUUAUGGGAGGACUCCAAAGGAAUGGAAGCACAGGCCUAACAGCUCCCUAUUACGCUACCUCCACUGUUGAAGUCAUUUUCCAUGUAUCUACACGGAUGCCGUCUGAUUCUGAUGACAGCCUCACCAAAAAGCUGCGCCACUUGGGCAAUGAUGAGGUGCACAUUGUGUGGUCCGAGCACACCAGGGACUACCGACGUGGCAUCAUCCCAACUGACUUUGGAGACGUCCUCAUUAUCAUCUACCCAAUGAAAAAUAACAUGUAUUUUAUCCAGAUCAUGAAGAAGCCUCAGGUUCCUUUCUUUGGACCUCUGUUUAAUGGCGCCAUUGUCACUGGGACACUGUUGCCAAGUUUGGUACGAGCCACUUGUAUCAAUGCCAGCAGAGCUAUCAAGUCCCGGCUGACUCUCUACCAGAGCUUCUACGAGGAACGAGCACUCUACUUGGAGGCCAUUGUUCAGAACCACAGAGAGGUCAUGACCUUUGAAGACUUUGCUUCGCAGGUCUUCUCCCCCUCCCCUGCCUAUUCAGCGAGCGGGACAGGAUCCCUCACUGGCAGCGUGAGCCCCGAAGGCGGAAAUACGGCGGCGACGGACUCCGUCGAGCAGGUGUCUCCCACCCUGCCCCGUUCCACGAAACACAGAGUUUCGGGAAAACUCCGCAGAUCAGCGAGCGCUAUAAGCAAAUCUUCAAACUAAGCUCUUCAGCCCGUCCCCCAUUCCCAAGAGUGAAGCCUUUAUUCUGCUGUGGAAGAACCUCACACACCCUGCCGGGACUGCAAGAUUGUUUUUCGUUGUUGUUUAUUUUGUGUCAUAUAAACAUGACCUUGUUGUAAUUUUUAAUUUAAGUGGCUAUCAAUGAUCUUUGUCUCCAUAUUUCAGUUUGUUUUACUGGUUUAAUUGAGACAGGCACAAGACUAAACUAUAUUCAUCAAGGUGGAUUCAUCAUAGGAAGACUUAAAAGUCUUAAUAUAAACUGUGAUCCAAAUGUGAUUUUUUUUUAUUAUUAUUCUAGAUUCUAGAGCUCUCUGAAAGCACUAGAAAAACUGAUGUUCUUACCAUAGUAAGGAAAUGGAAGACUGCUUCAAGCUGUUUCUUCUUCAGUUAAUUCAACACUUAAUGUAAAGAAGCACUGUAAUGAUACAGUUUGUGCUAAACUUGCACAGUGGAUUGGUGUCCUUUUAGAUAUUUUUGUCCUUUUACCUCUUUGCAUCUGCUACUGCCUUCCUGUGUCGAUGAUUCCACGUCAGGUUGUGACUGACGCUCUUGUCCUGCUCUGUAGCAUCGCUUGUGAAAGAAUGAUGCAUUUUUGGACCACCUUUCCAGGUGGGUAUGCACUACCACACUUGGGUACAGAGUCUCUGCAAUGUCCGAGUUGUUUUUUGUUGUUGUUGUUUUUCUCCAUCGGACAAUCGAUGGCAUCCUUUCAACUUGAAAUGAAAUUUGUUUUUGUAUUUUUUACCUCUCAUUUUCCACUUUAAAUGAAUUCCAAUAGAUUUUGUCACCAUUUGAUUUAUGCAACUCUGCUGAAAUGAGAAAAGACUGCGUUUGUAAUCGUUCUAUGAUGUCAUUAACUUGGGCUCAUGUCCGGUAAUUGGAUAAGUUUCCUCCCGUCUCUUUCCUCCGCCAUCAGUUUUCUCUGUCUUGCGAUGACACCGACAUUCCAACAUUCCCAACCUACCGACGUUUUUGCACUCGCUCAUCAUUCGCAUUGAAUGAUCCUCUUACGUUUGUUUGGGAUUGAAAUUGCUUUAAAUUUUUUCUUCUGUGUUUGCUAAAUUUAAUGAGUUGAAUUAUUUUGUGUUGUGUUGUUGUAACAUGAAUCCUUUGUUGUUUAGAGGAAAAACAAAAACACCAGACCCUCAGGUGAAUCUUUACUCCAUGCACUGGUGUGUGUGUGUGUGUGUGUGUGUGUGUGUAAAUGUGACUUAUGCGACCCUCUAGAGUCUGUUCAUGUACACGAGUCUGUCUGAUGGAGCCUCUCACAGUGCCUGUGUAAUAAGAAGUAUUAAUAGAAUUAGAAAUGCGCCGAUGUCUGCUUUGACCUGCCGAUGCCAAUUUUAGCACAUCGUUUCUUUAAGAACUACAAUAUAAUGACAGCAUUUAAAGUAUUAUUUCUAUUCUUCCGGCUGUGACUGGUUGCUGUUAAACAGGGUUAACUAUUAUUUUUUUAGAAAGGCCUAAUGAUUGAGUUGACAUUUAAAACAGGCUUUAACAUCUUAAAUUAGCAAUCAGUACAGUUGGUGCACAUAGCGUUACUAAAACGACAAGAUGCUACAAAGAUAAUUCUAGCUUUAGCAUCGUUCGCAACUAACAGCUAGUUGCAGUGUUGUGACAGUACUUGUCAAUUCAUAUAUCUGGCCUAUUAACUGAACUACUUCCUUUUAAACUUUAAAAUGCGUGCUGCAAACAUUUGUGCGGUGUGGCAGGCUUAUAGUAAUAGCUUACACUUAACUUAUCAUACGAACUAUAUGCUGAUAGCAACUGGAUAACACUGCUGAAGACAGAUUUCACUUUGACCAGCAAUAUAGUAUAAUUUUCAUACCGACAAAAUUUUAACACCCCUGCUGCCAAUAUUUCACCACAUUCAUAACAAAAGGAUAAAACAGAGCAACUUUACUGUAUUCUGUUUAGCCUUCCUGUUUUCUGCUAAAAGGUUUGCUCUCUUUCAGCUUAAAUUAACAACCAUUUCUUAGAAAUCACAAAUUAUAUAGCUUCUUACAUGUCUGCUUCCUCUGACUUAAUUUUUAAACUCACCGAUUCUGAAAAUAGCAAAAGUUGAAUCAUCUUUGUUCGGUUGGUUUGGUAAAAAAUUGAGUCUAUUUUGACCGGUUGGCCACCAGCUGAUUUCUUGGUGCAUCUCUAAAUUUAAGGCUUCUUUUUCCACCGUGUUAAACAUCAUAUGAUCGUCUCCUCUUUGGCCAAGUGCCUAUUGUCCUCUGAAUCUCUGUUGAUCAGUGUCCUGUGCCUCACUCAAAAACAACAGGUGGAUUUAGGAUUAAUUUUAUAACAUGCUGUUCCAUCCUCAUCUCAGAAAGGAGUUGAGUGUAACCAACUCCUGCUCUUUCCCAUGAUGCUCUUUCUCUCCAUCAUUUGUCCUCCUGAGGCCCGGGCUCCUUGGGAGGGGUUCAGUUUGGGUUUAGGUGGCGCGCCAGAGCUGAACUCUCACCAGACCUCUUAGCAACAGCCAGACCAGCAGAGCUUACAACCUGCAUGCUCAGGUUGUCAUGGUAGCCAGGUGUCCACCCCCACCCCUCAUUUCCCUCCACACCAUGCACUAACACUGUACACUCACACUCUCUGAGAGCUCCACCCAAGCUGCAACACUAUCCCCAUCUGUUGCACUACUAUGCCUUACUGUCUUUCUCCAACAUCUCACCUCCUUUUGUUUGCUCAUUCCUACAGCAGAAUAUGGGGAGUCCGAACAGCAGGGGGUGUCACAGAAAAUGUUCUUGUGCUUUUUUUAUUUGGUUGGUUUUUCUGAAGAAUGUAUGAAUAUAUAGGCCUGGAUCGCAGCUGUGGUUUUUAUUCCUUCACCCCCCCCCCCCCAAUGUGUCUCGAAGGAAAUACUCAUUAUGUUGAUCUAAAGAUUGUAGCUUGUAGAAUAAUGUCUUUUGAAGGGAUAUUUUACUCUUUUAGUGGCUUAGUUGCUGGAGGUGUUCGGACCAAGAUUGUGCGUCUUAUAUUUGUGAAGAAAAUUAGUUAAUUUGUUAUUUUUCUCUUCUCGUUUUAGAAAUCCUUGUACAUUGUGUCAAUUUCAGGGGCCUAAUUGCCCUCUUAAUAUAAAUAUACUAAUGCCUGUAAUAUAAUCUUUGUAUAAGAGAGCAAAAAAAGCUUGAAAUUUUUGUCAUUUGUCAACAUAUCAAACUGUUUUUAAUGACCGAAGUCCUGCUAUAUUCACUGGAAAUGUGAAAAUUGAAGCAUUUCAUUAAAUCAUUUUGAAAUUCUA